UUUAAACUCAUAUUCUUUCAUGGAGGAUAUUCCAGUUUGAAUUUUAUGUUGAAAACAGUUAAUAAGUUUUUUAUUCGUUUACUUUUUAUUUUUUAAUAUCUUCGGUGGCUGAAGUGCAUAUUUUUUUGUAUUCCGGUUUUGGAGUAGGCGAAAAUUGUAUUACCGCUCUUCACUUCAAAAACGUGUCAAAAUUCGUUUCUUUUGACAGUGCAUCUUUCGGCAAAAAAUUCAAAAUGUCUGGUAACAGAAACAAGAAGAAUGGUAAAAAAAAUAAGUUUUUUAAUAUACCUGAAGUACUCCAGGUUAAGUCAGUAAAAUUAGACACUAACAAAGGUAGCACCAAAGACGGGAAACCGAAUGCAAAAUCCGAAGACAAUUUACGUAAAAGCCGUAGAUUAAACAUUUUAAAAAAUCAACAUGAAGGUUUAAGCGAAGGUACUGCAAGGGUAACACUGCUUUCUCCAUACUCUUUUAAAACGUUGUCGCUAAAUAACGAAGGUGAAAAUAAUGCACCAAGCACGAGUUCCAGCAUGCUGAAAAAUAAUAUGGAGGAAUAUUGUUCGCAAAACGUUAGUAAUAUUACUGAUGAGGAACUUCCGUUAACCAUGGAAUAUUAUCCUGAAGGAAAAGAUGAUGCAGCUGAAAAGAUGGACGAUGAAUUUGCUUGCACAUACAAGUAUUACACUAAAAACACAAAAUCGAUCAAAUUUACGAACCAAGUAACAGUUCUAUAUUUCAAUGGCGAAGAUAUUCUUUGCGAAUCAAUGGAGCCUCUUAAAAAAGAGCAAGACCAACAAUUACGAAAUAAAGAAAUGCGGAAAGAACACCUACUGAGCAAAGGGCAAAUCGACAACUUAUAUUUGUUUUAAAAUAACGUGUUUACAUAUUGAAAUGUUAAAACUGUAUUUAUACAAUGUAUUGUGUUAAUAUACUGCACGGUAAUAUUGUA